AUGAGCUGGGUCAAGAGUGCCGGCAAGGGCCUAACUCUCCGAUAUACACCAAAAAACGUCAUUCCACCUGUUGCAGCACGUUAUAUGAGCGCUCCAUUCCAUCCUAUUCGCCCCAAGAUCACACAUAUGUACCAGACCCGAGAUAAAAAUACUCUUUGGUGGCGAACCUCAGUCACAUCUCUUCAUUCAGAGAAGAAGGUGGUGCGCUCCUGGUGUGCCCGGCGAGCGCGCAGUGCGUUUCGGCAUGCGUUAGCAAAGCAAGGAUUUGACGAAUUCGGGCGUCCUCUACCAGACUCAAAUCAACAGGAAAUCUUCAAAGGCUCAAUGGAGGUGAUUGUCCGUAUGCCACUCCGCGAUAUGCCACUCGCCAACCUCCUAGAAGAAGCUGAAGCUCUUUUAGAGAAUAUCAUGGAAUUACGGGAGCGAGCAAAAGCGCCAGCUCAAGCGCCAGCUCGUCCACCGAGCCGCAACUCCUCGAAAGCCUCCAACAACCUUUCAAACCGUUCCCACAAGCCCUUAUGA